AUGCUCCGCUCUGCUGUGACAUCGGCGACGCGCUCAGCCGUCCUCCGGCCCACCACCACCCAGGUAUUGCGUCCGGCAACUACCCUUGCUGCCUACUACCCUAAAGUCGCGCGUCGUCUACCAACCAAAUACGGUGGUGUUUAUACGUACGUCACUUUGAUUCCUGGUGAUGGUAUCGGUGCAGAAAUCACCGAUUCGGUCAAGGAGAUCUUUGAGCAUGUCAACGCCCCUAUCGAAUGGGAACAAUACGAUGUCUCCGGUCUUUCCUCCGCUGGCGAGGUCCUCUUCAAAGAGGCCAUGGAGAGUUUGAAGCGCAACAGGGUCGGUCUCAAGGGCAUCCUCUAUACCCCUAUCGAUCGUUCGGGACACAACUCUUGGAACGUUGCCAUGCGCCAACAGCUGGACAUCUAUGCGUCCGUUGUGCUCUGCAAGUCUAUCCGCGGCUUCCCUACCCGCCACAACAACGUCGACUUUGCCAUCAUCCGAGAGAACACCGAAGGAGAGUACGCUGGGCUUGAGCACCAGAGUUAUCCUGGUGUCGUCGAGAGCUUGAAGGUUACCACCCGCAACAAAUCGGAGCGUAUCAUCCGAUUCGCGUUUGAUUUUGCCCUCAAGAACAACCGCAAGGCGAAAGAGUACAAGGCCUCGGGUAUCCAGUUUAACGACAUGAUUGUUGACAACACCUCCAUGCAACUUGUCGCCAAGCCUGGCCAGUUUGACGUCAUGGUCAUGCCUAACUUGUACGGUGCUAUUGUCUCCAACAUUGGCGCGGCCCUGGUUGGUGGCCCUGGUAUUGUUCCUGGAUGCAACGUUGGUCGCGCUAACCCUGCCGCGAUGAUUCUUUCCUCGACUAUGAUGCUGAGGCAUCUUGGCCUCGAGAGUCUGGCCAACUCCAUUGCUCAGUCCACGUUCGACGUUAUCAACGAGGGCAAGGUUCGUACCGCUGAUAUGGGUGGAACCGCGACGACGAGUGAUUUCACUGCUGCGGUUAUCAAGGGAUUGUAG